CCGCACCGCCGCGUUCCGGGGCUGGCGGCUCCUCCCGGCAGUGCGGUACCGCGCGGCCGCCAUUGCAGCACCGGCACCGCGCCGGCCGCGCCUGCCGCCCGCACCGCGCCCGCAUCCCCACCCCGCAUCCUCAUCCCGCAUCCUCAUCCCGCAUCCCGCUCUCCGGCUCUCGCGGCAGCGGGGAGAGCUCGCGGCCGGGCUCCAGGGGCGCCCGGGCCCGCGCGGGGCGCGGCGCGGGGGCUCGGCGGGAUGCGGCGGUGGUGACGGGGCAGCGGAGCCGCGCAGGGCCCGCGCCGCCCGCCAUGGGCCCCGCCUGAGCGGCGCGGCCGCCGGGCCCGCGGGCCGGGCAUGGGCGGCGCGGCGGCGGGCGGGCGCUGAGGGGCCGGCGGCAGCAGCAUGGAGGCCAUCUGGCUCUACCAGUUCCGCCUGAUCGUCAUCGGCGACUCCACCGUGGGCAAGUCCUGCCUCAUCCGCCGCUUCACCGAGGGGCGCUUCGCCCAGAUCUCCGACCCCACCGUGGGCGUGGAUUUCUUCUCCAGGCUGGUGGAGAUCGAGCCUGGCAAGAGGAUCAAGCUGCAGAUCUGGGACACGGCCGGGCAGGAGCGGUUCCGGUCCAUCACCAGAGCCUACUACAGGAACUCGGUCGGAGGACUCCUCCUCUUUGACAUUACAAACCGCAGGUCUUUCCAGAACGUCCACGAGUGGCUGGAGGAGACCAAGGUGCACGUGCAGCCGUACCAGAUCGUCUUUGUCCUGGUAGGGCACAAGUGUGACCUUGACACACAGCGGCAGGUGACCAGGCACGAGGCGGAGAAACUGGCUGCUGCCUAUGGCAUGAAGUACAUUGAGACCUCAGCUCGGGAUGCCAUUAACGUGGAGAAGGCCUUCACUGAUCUGACUCGUGAUAUAUACGAGCUGGUGAAAAGGGGGGACAUCUCAAUCCAGGAGGGAUGGGAAGGGGUAAAGAGCGGGUUUGUCCCAAACGUAGUGCACUCUUCAGAAGAAGUGGUGAAAUCAGAUAGAAGGUGCUUGUGCUGAGCUCCUCUAGAGAGGCGAGUGGUGAUGAACUCUACUAACCAAACGUUCUUUACUAAGUGAACUCAGUGUGACAGAAGGGAGAGCAACACUCCCCUUGUGAACAGCCUCCCACGCUGUUUUGGACACCAGGACAGACCCUGGAAAGAAAUGUUCUGUUCCAAAUAACCUUUCAGAACUGGGGGCUACAAACCUGAAGGAGAGUGAGUGAGGGUGCAUGUGGAUGUUGUAAGGAGACAGGAAGCAGAAAUGAGGGGCUGCACAACACAGGAGAGGGUAUACAGAGCUGAAUGGGCUGGUACAUGCCAGGGUACUGUACAUGUUCUCUUUUAAGUAAACCCAUAGCUUCCUGCUGGCUUUUGGAGCCACAGGAUGGAUACAGGAUGGAUAUGACAAACAGGCAGACAGAGAGAAAGCAGGAGGACAUUUUGGUUUGUGUGAGCUCUUUCUUUCCAGGAAGGUCUAAAGGCAGCACAGAUACCAUUUCCUCAUAAGGUCAGUUCCACAGGAGAAGUUUACUGACAUGGUAUGCACACUUCUGAGUUUUCUUUCUUAUGUUCUUGAACCUAGUUCAAUAGAAAAUAAUAUUUUGUGGGGUUUAAAGAGGAAAACAGUACUUAUUUGAUUGGUAAUUAAAGUUUAAAUUAUUUCUCCCUUAACAGCAUUUUUCUUGCUGUGCGGAACCAAGACUCUAAGUGGCAACUCUUGCUGCAGUAGAGAUUAUUCAAUGCAAUUUUUACUCAUUUAGUGCCUGGGUGAGUACCUUGAAAGUACCCCAAGUUCAGGGCUUUCCAGCAGAAUUAAGUGAUCAAGAGCAUAAAGAGAGAACCAUGUCCUCAGGUGUCAUGUCUUAAGGCUGGGUAUUGCAGCCAGGUGGGACACUCCAUUUCUGUCUCAGUAGCAGCUCUGUGCUGACCUUACCAGCCAGGUCACAAGGAGGAAUGGAAAGGAAGGAGGGAAAAAGGAAACUCAAAAGAAAAAACUUGAAAAGCUUAACUCAGGUGCAUCAGACAUCCUAAAAGGUGAGAUCAGCUCUUAAAGAAAUCAAAUAGCAUUGAAAGCAACAGCUUCCAUUGGUACUUUCUGCUGUUAAAAUGUCAUUUUCUGUCUUGGCCUCUGUGGAAGAGAACUGGCACUGGGAAGGUGGAACACACAGCAGGAGUGUCUGAGCAGGUGGAAAGGAAAGCCUCAAGACACACUCAAGAGUAAAAAUUGUUUUCCUCCAUGUUUUAGUUUGACAAAAGAGGAUCCAUCUCAGGCUGGCCAUCAUGGGAUGGCAGCUGUGUCACAAAAGCUGUAUGUAGGUGGAUGUUUUCUGGGAAUGCCAUUCACCACUUAAAAGCUUUGCUUCUGCCAAAUUUUAACCCAAGCUUUUGAAGUGCAAUGGGGUGACUGUGCUCCUGUAGCAAAUUAGGAAACUUCAGCCUAUUGAAAGUGAGCAAACAAAACUAUAGUGACUUUUUUACUUGUGUUUGAAAGCUUUAUACACCAAACUGCAAUGGGCAGGAGGGGGGAUUAGGUAAAAGCCACAGGAAGCAUCUAGUGUUUAUUUUUGGCCUAUGAGUAGAGAAAAAGAAAAUAUUUGUUCCAGCUUUUUAAUCUGCCCCAUCUACAGAAAUACAGGUGUUGAUUGCUGUUGAGUUCAGGCUGUUUCUCCUUCUGAACCCAUUCUCACAGCCUGCAGCAGCACAUGGGCAGGUCUGCAGUAAGAAAAAACCUGCGGUUUCCGUAUCAAAGCUGUAAAAAAAACCCAAACCCACAGCAAGCCCAACCCAGCAACCCAAACCCUGAACACUUUUGUUUGUGGUGUUCUAGGAACACUUUCAGUUCCUGGGCUCUGCAGGGGAGCUGCAUGGCUGCACCUGCUGGGAGGGCACAGGGAGCAAAUGGCAGGAAGGGGGUGGCAGUGGCCUGGCACUGCUUGGUGAGCUUGGCACUGCUGGAAUGGGCUGUGAGAGCAUCCAACACCUCCUGCUGAAGGCCAGUGAAUGCCAGGCACUUGUGGUUGGGUUGAGUGCCCUGAAGAUUAAAAAGAAAAAGUAUGCCCUUUACAAAAUCUGUUUCUGGGUGAGCAGAGGUGGGUGCAGGGAGCACCCCAAGAACUGGGCAGCUGCCAGGGCAGUGUGGGGUUUGCUCAGACCAGCUCAGUCAGUUGCAUUUCACAAAGGCAGGGACAGACAGUACCAAAGGGUCAUUUUCUUUGUUCCCUGCAUGGAAAGUCCACCUAGCAGCUGCUUCAGCUUUUCAGGGGCCAGCUGGACACUAGGUGUGUGUCUGGGGUGUCUGGCUGAGCCCCCAAGGGCACAGAGCCAGAGCGUGACAAGAGGGGCAGUUGGGAGUUGGAUCAGACAUUUUAGCAAUAGUCAAAUUCUGUAAUUCCCUGUGUGAGAGCCUGGCCAGAGGGGAAACAUCAACUUUUCAUGAGACAGACAAUAUUUUAUUCAAUGGGUUUUGGAUAUUCCCCAUUACUGCUCCCAGGGAGAAAUUCCAGAAAGCCUAAGCCAGUAAGUGCAUGCUGGCCUUCAGAGUAAAUCUUCAAUUUAAAUACAGAAGUGUUGUAAUUCUAAAGAGGAACAGUACAGAAGAAAAUGUACACAGUCUUAACUAUUUAGAGUUAAUAAAUUGUUAUAUUAAAUGAUAGAGAAAUCAUUAUCUACAUCUUUUUCUAAUUCCUUGCAUUUUCUAGACAGCUUAUUAAAAUAUAGGAAAUGUAGAUUCAUCUGUACAAAAUUUGGAAUGUUUUUUCUAAGAUGAAGAACUUAUUGGAUAUGCUAAGAAUUCUUUUCUAACAACUGGUUUUAAUGCUUUGACUUAGAGGGACUUAGAGAAAUCAGGUGGUGAUACCUCUCACAGGCUAAAGGUCAGGAGCUCUUAUACUCUAGGACAAAAAGAGGAAAAAAAAAAGCAAAAGCUAACUUUCUGUGGUCUCUACCACAUGUUAAAAACAAUCUGCAUGUUAAACUGAACUUGCUCAGAACCUCCAGAAUAAAAGCAUACUUUACACUGUCCUCGCUUUGUUAUGCACUGUAACGAAAUGUGAAAAUAAUGCUGUAUUUAGCUGUCUGUAUGUGACUGAAAACAUGCUUGUAUUUAGCAAAAUGGUUACUACGUGAUAAUGUGAAAUUCAAAACUUGUAAAGAAA